AUGGGCAAGAAGGGAGAGGGCGAUAUCGACAACGUCCAGGUGAACGCCGGUGGGGAGCGCGAAAAGCUUGAGUCUGAUAGCGCAGAAGCUGCGAAGCCUGAUGUCAUUUCAUCCGCGAUUGAGAUAACGGAAGAAGCGACCAAAGAGCUCAAAGGCGACAGAGAUGAGACGAAUGAAGACUCAAAAUCGGAAAAGCCGGAAAAGUCGGACAAGAAUAGUGUCGACUCAACUGACUACGACAAGCUACACUCCGGAACUUCAACACCAGACGUCGCUGCGACCCCGGAAACGACCCCACUUGAGUCAUGCAAAGAGUUGUGCUGGAGACUAUUAAACAGGUGUAGACCAACAAUGUACUCAAGGGGAGAUGAUGACACAAUGUAG